AAGGCCUGAGCCGUCGCAGUGAAAUUAGCUUUGUCAAACGGGGCUGACAUGUGCACGGGUUGAGUGGCGCGGAAAAGUCUAUUGCAGCGUGAAAAAGCCCCCCCAUCGAGUUGUUAAUGAAGUAGUCACAGUCGAGUCGGCGGAGAAAGUCCAAGGGCCCAAGACCGCUCAAAGGAUGGGAGCAGCGGAAAACAGCGGAUAAAAAAACACAUCCAUAAAGAGCAGUUCACGUGUGAUUGGAAUGUUUAAUAAAGGUCCUGAAAUCAGGUUGAGGGUGGGCAGACCUUUGGAAAUUAACGCCUGAUUCAAUGAGCCGCGCACUUAUAAUUGCAGUUGCAGUUGCAGUUUAAACGAUGCCAUUAUUGUCGGAAGUGAGAGAUAUGGGAGAUUGGGAAAUGUAUGAAGGUGUAUCUGGAGUUUUGCUAGCGAUAUCCAUGGGAUAUAUUGAUGGUUCCAAAGAAACAAACGGAGAUCUAAUGUCUUUAGGCAUUUCAAUGUCUCAUCACUCAAUUUAUCCAGACGUUACGUUCCAGGAUAAUGGGUCUAUGAUGAUCUUGAACCCGCCUCAAAGUAGGUACACGAGUACCCAAUAACCUGGGUAUCUGAGAAUGAAACUUACUGCUUGCCACCUGUUUAAUCGAGACAUCAGAGCACUUCAUCUGCCCGAGAGGGGGGGCUGGAGCAUUACAUCAGUUCAUCUACGAAUUGUACGACACAGAUUCGCAGCCGGCAGUUUUAUUUUCCAUGAAUUCUAGGUUAAUGUCAAUGCCGCAUCAUGAAUCGGCGGCACUUCUAGAACUGGUUUCAGCCAAGAGAACAUUUCUAUAAAAGAGACAAGUGGCUUCGAGCUUGCUCCAAUCCCGAAUCGUAGACAGCCGAAUACAGCAGAAUGCGUCCGCUCAAAUUUGAGAUCUUCUGCUGGAGCUGCCUCCUACUUCUCGCCGUGCCAUCGACAAGGGCGGCUUCGGACUGGCAGCUUCCAAGCCCCGAGCAGGUGUAUAAAGAUCUGGACAGUUGUCGCCUUCAGUCGCUUUCGGAUGGACAGGAUGCGGAGACCUUGAGAUGUCUUGUGGAGAAGCUCGGCCUGUGGUCGGACGAGAGUGGCUAUAAUUCCAAGCGGAUAGCAAAGAUCUUUGCAGGCCACAACCAAAUGGAGGAACUCCAGCUCGUGGUUGGCUACUGCAACAGGAGAGAGCAGCGCCUAAAUCAACCUAAUGAAUGGGCCUACCAGGCCUACAAGUGUGCCACCUCCGGAAGAUUUGGUCAUUGGGUCAAGGAUUACAUGAAGCAAAAAAAAAAAGAUAAAUAAAAUAUAUAUAAUAAGCUAUAAAUAAUA